ACCACCACAGCCAAGUGCCCACAGUCCACCAAACCCGUCGCCAUCAACAAGAUUCCCAUCAAUGUCGUCUAUGCCGAUGGUUCGACAUUGACUGACUUCGAAUUCAACCUCCCUAAACCUGGCGAACUCCCUAUGAAAGACAUCUAUGAUAUGGCCAUAGUCAAAGCCCUCCAGCACGUCAACAAACACUGGGGCACUGCAGGUGACCCUCAGGCUGACUCUCCCACAUCCUCUGACUCAUCCCAAGAGCCCGAUUGGGACCUGAAUUUUGUUCUCCCCUUAUCCAGAGCCACCGAUAAGAACGGCAUCCCGCUUGAAGGUAACUCCCUCUUCCCCGCCGACCCCAGGAAGCCCCUAACUCUCAUUCUCUCUCCCAAACCUACGUCACAAACACCUGAGAAAGUCACCUUCCCUCCCGUUCUUUCCAACCUCCAUCGUCUACAGCAAGAGAAUCUCAGCCAGGAGCUCGACAAGGCCCGUCAGGACCUCAAGGCUUCCCAGUCAAUCAAGAAGAAGAAAAAGAAGAGCAGCAAGACCACCUCCCCUGUUCCCGUCUCGCCCGUCUCGCCCGUCUCGUCUCCCCCCAACAUGACCUUAGACGCUGUUUUUGCGCGGCUCUCACAGAUGGAAGGAGAGCUCGCUGCGAACCGACUAGAGAGGGGUACUCACAAGGAAAGAAUUCAGCACCUUGACAGAGAGCUCGCUGUGAACCAACGAGAGCUCGCUGUGAACCAACGAGAGCUCGCUGCGAACCAACGAGAGCUCGCUGCGAACCGACUAGAGCUCGCUGACAAUCGACUAGAGAGGGCCACUCACAAGGAAAGAAUUCAGCACCUUGACAGAGAGCUCGCUGCGAACCGACUAAAGACGGCCACUCACGAGGAAGAGUUGGUCGCUCACAUGAGAAAAAUCCAGUCCCUCGAGGGGAUUGUCAGCACCCAACAGGAGCAGAUCCAAUCACUCCUUGACGCCGCAAACCGCGUCAAUAACAUCAAGAUUCGUGCUAUCCAAGAUCGCGGGCGCAACGCACUCAUCGCCACCCUCUAUCCUGACCCGCCAAAUAGGCCCACUUGGUCCAACUUCUCCCGCCAGUACCCCCAACAUUCUGUCCAACAGCACCCCUCCUUCAAGGCUAGCCCGGACUGGAAUCCCAAGACCAAGAAGACCCCUAUCGAAGUGAAAUGGCUGUACAGAGAUGACCUUCGCGCACAGGGCAACAAAGACGCCCAUGUUUUCACCGACGACGAGCUCUCCGAGGCCAUCGACGCUAUGGAGUUUUCUCAGCGCCCAGCUUUCCGCAGCUAUCUGAGCAUGAAGUAGCUCCUCACUUCCCUCUCCCGUACAUACCGCGCUGCGCUCCUUCUCUCCUCAUGUACAUCACACAUAGAACCGCCAGUCUCCGUAAUGCUGUGACCAAGCCGAACAUCCAACCCGUCGCAUGCAACCGCCUGCCCAAUGUUCUUGCCAUAGCUUCACUUUCCGGGCCGGUCGCCCUCUCUGCGAGCUCGGACUUGCUCCCACCACACUCAGAUCCUUCAAGAUCCCGCUGCUUUCUUUACCGCACUCUCCGUCUGUCAUACCUGCUCUUUCCACAUCCUUAGGUAGUCAUGUGUUACGUAAAUUCCGUACAGAGGCCUGUACUUAACUCGCGCAGUGGAGGGACAUACA